GCGGAGGGGGCAAGAAAAAAAGUUUCGUUUAAACCUGGCAGGGAAACUUUCAACAUGAAGCCUCACUGACGCACCGUUUCACCACCACAAACAGCAACACCAGCGCUGCUACAGAGCUUGCCUUUCCACUGAAUAUAUUUUUCUUCACCUCUCAGCUUGUGUUUUUCUUUCCCUCUUGAAUUAUUUUCUGUGUGCAAGGCUGGUCGGGGCUUGCUGUCAUUGCGCGCUGAGAUGUUGGAGUGACCAUGGCUGCGCAAGUUGCAUCGGCUCCGACCAGAACUAAUAAAAAUAAGAAAUUAUCCAGCGGUUUGGGUCCGGAGCUGAAUUCGGGGAAAUCCGGAGGAGGAGGAGGAGGAGGAGGGACCGUGCAGAGGACUGGACCGAUGCUGGGUGCCGGAGAUGGGACUCUGAAUAAUGUAGACCAUCACCGCCGAAACGAGCUCAACAUGGUUCAUUCAACUUCCACGACUCACAACGCUCCGGACGGCCACGACAAGGAUGGAAAUAACCUCACGUCCGCCCCGGCUUCGACUAAUUCAACCACUUCCUCGAUGGAGACGGGUUUGAUCGCGAACCACAAGCUGAAAUGUGUGGGGAGCGGAGAUCCCCCUCAGUCUCAACCGCAGCAGCAGCAGCCGCCGCCGCCGCAAUUCGGCCAAUUUGCGCCACAUCAGCAGCGACAGAUUCAAAGUAACAACGCCGCCAAUAACAACGGCCAGGGGCCCCGUGGGGACAGAGGUUUGGAUCACCAACACCACCACGGGAAGGAGAACCUGUUGGGGGGCCAGGGGGAGCCACAGCAGCAGCACAUGCCAGGAAAAGGUGAGGGGGAGCUCACCUGUAAACCCGCGGAGAGGAUGAUGGGUACCAGGUAUGAACACACUAACUUGGGGCCAACUAGUAACAACUCUGAGUUUAAUAACAACUAUUACACCCCGAGGCCCUGUUAUGAGCAACAUGGCGGACAGCAGCAACAAAGCAGUGGGAUGGGGAUAACGCACUCCUCGGCACAUAACAGCAUGGAGAACUCCCACGAAGCAGGGUACCACAACAGCCAGUACAACCAGUACCCGGCAUACCGGGCGGGCUACGGCGGCGGGGCCUACGGGAUGAUGGGCCCCUCCGGAUGCAGGCAACCUGGGAACAUGAUGAUGGGCAGCAACUCCUCGGCAAGCCACAGCAAGUCUCCCCUGGGAGCUGCUUCGGGUGGCUUUCAAAGGUUCCCAGGGCAAACUCAGCAGCAUCCAUCAGGGGCCACCCCGACCCUCAACCAACUGCUGACGUCCCCCAGCCCCAUGAUGCGCGGCUAUGGCGGUGCGUAUCAAGACUACAGCGGCUCCACGGCGCAGCAGCAAGCCGGCAUGGGCCUUGGGAAAGACGUGGGUCCCCAAUAUGGAGCCACCUCGGCCCACGGCUGGGGUGGGCAGCAGAGAAACCACCCUCAUUCAUUGAGUCCAGGCAACGGAGGGCAAGGCCUCAGGGCGCAGGUGUCAUCCAUGGACUUCAUGGCUAUGAAACGCUCCCAGCUGUACAGCAUGGCCAACAAUCCCUACUCUACCCCACAGCAGCCAGGGGCCGGGCCUUACCCUCCUAGCCAGACAUACACAUCGCCUCCUCCGCACAGAUAUCCAAUGGGCAUGCAGGGGAGGGGCCAAAUUGGCAUGGGCGGCAUGCAGUAUCCUCAACAGCAGCAGGUGGCGCCAUAUGGCCAACAGGGGAUGGGGGGUUACAGCCAGCAGCAGCAGCAGCAGCAGCAGCAGGCGGGGCAGCAGGGAACCCCUACUUACUUCAGCCCCCCUCAGCAGACCCCUCCAGGCCCGACCCAGAGCCCCUACCUGCAGCCGCGACCACCACCACAACAGGAGGCCCAGCAGGAGACCUACGGCACCAGGGGUCCCGCCCCGGGAAACUCUGGGAAGGCCAACAAUGAGGAUGGCGUCUCCCACGACCGCCCCUCCAGUCUGCCGGAUCUGUCCGGCUCGAUUGAUGACCUCCCCACUGGGACGGAGGCUGGUCUGGGCUCAGCCGUCAGCGCUGGCGGCUCCUCCAGCAGCAGCAGCAGUAGCCAAGGGGAGCAGGGGGGGGGCAGUAACCAGGGACAGUCCCCCUUCUCUCCUCAUGCUUCCCCCCACCUCCCCAGCCAGAGGAGCGGGCCCUCUCCUUCUCCUGUGGGCUCGCCCGCAGGCUCCACUCAGUCCCAGCAGUCGCGAUCAGGAUCAGGACCCAUCUCUCCUGCCAGCGGACCCCCUGCCAACACCACUGCACCGGGCUCCACUAUGGCCCCACAGAACUCUGGGAAUGGACCUGAUGGAGCCCACCCGCCAAUCACCCGCUCGCCUAUGGCUCAGGAGAGAGGGUUCAUGUCCAACAUGCAGAGGAACCAGGCUGGCUCUCAGUUCACUUCUCCUCAAUCCGGACCUCCUAUGUCCCCCCACCCUUCACCUGGGGCCCCAUUGUACCCUGGGAUGGGUCCAUACUCCCAGAGCGGCCCGUCAGGCCCUUAUGGACCUCAAGGAUCACAGUAUGGACACCAAGGUAACUACCCUCGGCCCUCCAACUACGCUGGGACUGGCAGUACGAGCUACAGCGGCCCCGGUCCCGGCAUGACCAACAGUCUGGGAAUGAACGCCAGCAGCCCCAUGCACGGCCAGGGGCCCGGCCAGCCCAUACCUGUAGGACGCAGCCACGGCCCAGGCAGCCAGAACAGGGUGUACCCGCCCAUGGCUCCCAGCUCCCCCAGCAUGCCCCAGCCAGCUGGGCCCGGGAUGGGCCCUCCUUCUUUGGGUAGUGCUAACCGCAAGGUCCAGGAAGCAGCUGCUGCCAUGCCAGGAUCCGCCAACUCAACACACAACAGUCUGUUGACACCGUUCUGCAGGCAGCCUCCAUAUGCGAGGUCCCCGGCCCAGAUGCAGCCACCUCAACCCACCUCCGCCCACUGGGCCACACCCCACCCAGCCUCUGCUUCACCUCCACCCAGACCCCACCAUCCACCCAUCCCGCCACCCUCACAUUCACAGCACUAUAGGCAGGGGAGCUAUCAAGGCCCUGGCAUCAGCCAGGCAAGCACCAUGGCUGCCACUGUCCCCUACAGCCAGCCGACGGGAAACAACAGCUCAGCAAUGGGCAUCACACAAGGUCCAGCCUACAAUAUGCCACCUUCAGGAGGCAUGGGGAUGUCAGGAGACGGGAUGAUGAGCCCAGAUGGGAAACCGAAAGCGGACGUUAAAGACGACAGCGGCCCUGCCAACGAGCCUCACAAACCAAAGCUACAGGAUGGCUACAGCAACACUAACAGCAGCGGGGGCUCCCAGCAGUGUGUGUCCCAGCCAGCCACGCCAGGCGGCGCCCUGCCCGUGCCCUCCCCGCUCUCACCCAGCCCAGCUAGCCUGUCCUCCUACCACGGAGACGACAGCGACAGCAUCAGCAGCCCCCCCUGGCCCCUCAAGACCCCCUCCAGUCCUAAAGCCAACCCUAACUCCUCCAUCCUCAGUGGGGAGCGAAUCACGCGGCUGUUUGAGCUGGGUGUGGAGCCAGAGAGGCGGGGCUGGGUGGAGCGAUACCUGACUUUCAUGGAGGAGAGGGGCACGCCUGUCGCCCAGCUUCCCGCUGUGGGCAAGAAGCCGCUGGACCUCUGGAAGCUCUACAUAGCUGUUCGUGAGAUAGGAGGCCUCGCCAUGGUAAACAAGAACAAGAAGUGGCGGGAGCUGUCCACCAACCUGAACGUGGGUACAUCCAGCAGCUCUGCGAGCUCGCUCAAGAAGCAGUACAUCCAGUAUCUGUUCGCCUAUGAGUGUAAGAUGGAGAGGGGGGAAGAGCCGCCAGCAGACAGCAGCAGCAGCAGCAGCAUAGCUGGAGGGGACAGCAGGAAGCAGGUCAAGAUCCAGCCACCCUCACCUGCUAAUUCAGGCGGCUCCCUCCAAGGCCCGCAGACACCCCAGUCCUCUGGCAGCAGCUCUACAGCAGAGACAGCAGGAGAUCUGAAACCGCCCACACCUGCCACCACCCCCCUGGGACAGGUCACACCACUUCCCCCCAACAGGAGCAGUGUGAGCGUGCAGGACCCCUUCUCGGAGGUGAGCGACCCGGCCUUCCAGAAGCGUGCCACCUCGCUGCCCCCUUCGGCUCCUUACCAGCAGGGCCUCAGCAUGCCUGAUAUGAUGAUGAGGAUGCAAUACGACACGAAGGAUCCCUUCGCCGGGAUGAGGAAGAUGGCAGGAGCUGAUCCCUACAUGCCAGGCCAGAUUCCUGGUGGAGGCAUUCAGGACAUGUAUGGACGACCCCCGUCAGCCUUGAGCAUGAGCCAGCGGUCGCAGUAUCCAUACGGACCAGGCUACGACAGGAGACCGGACCAUGUCAUGGGGAUGGAGGGGAGCAUGGGUCCCCCUGGGAGUCAGAACAACAUGGGACCUUCCAACAGUGAGGGUAGCAUGUACUCUCCCAGUAGAUACCCUUCACAGCAGAGACACGAUGGCUACGGUCAGCAGUAUCCCGGCAUGCCGUAUGGGAUGCAUCCUUCUGGGAUGUACCCACAGCAACAGCAGGGCUACAAACGGCCCAUGGACGGCAUGUAUGGCCCCCCACCCAAGAGACACGAGGGCGACAUGUAUGCCAUGCAGUAUGCCAACCAGCAGCCGGACAUGUACAACCACUACGGUGGUGGGUACUCAGGCCCUGAACACAGACCCAUCCAGGGACAGUUCCCUUUCCCCUACCCCCGCGACCGCAUGGGCCCCUCAGGUCAGAGCCAGCACAGUAUGAUGGGUGGGGGGCCCACUCCUAACCAUGCUACCGAUGGCCCCAACAUGUGGCCAUCCAGGACAGACCUCGGCUAUCCCUACCCCAACAGACAGGGGCCGCCAUCACAAAUGCCACCGUACGGCUCAAUCGGUAGAGAUGACAUGGACGGGCGGCCCGGGCAGGAGCAGUGGCACCGACAGUCUCCCUACAUGUCAUCAUCAGGCGGCAUGUCUACCCUGUCUUCACGCCAGCCAUCUUCUUACUCCAACUCUCCAUCCAUGGCCAACCACCUGCCCAGAGCGCCCAGCCCAGGGGCCUUCCAGCGCUCCAUUGACUCCAGGAUGUCACCCAGCAAAGCACCGUUCAUGUCACCCAUGAAGAUGCCCAAGCCUGGGAUGACCAUGAUGGGCACGCAGGGCAGUGGACCCCUUGGUCAAUUUCCUCCCAACCUGAGGCGGGACCUCAACUACCCACCAGGAUCAGUGGAGGCCACCAUGCCGAUUCUCAAGCCCCGACGGAAGCUCAACUCCAAGGACACUGGAACGCCUGAGGCCUGGCGAGUGAUGAUGUCUCUGAAGUCUGGCCUCCUGGCAGAGAGCACAUGGGCUCUAGACACCAUCAACAUCCUGCUGUACGAUGACAGCACUGUGGCCUCCUUUAACCUCUCCCAGUUGCCUGGAUUCCUCGAGCUGAUUGUUGAGUACUUCCGCCGUUUCCUGAUUGAGAUCUUUGGCAUCCUGGAAGAGUUUGAGGUGGGGACUGUCUCUCAGAAAAGCCUUUCGGACCCUGCUUCUAAUCAGAAUGAUGGAGAAGCCACCCCCGAGCAGGAAACGGACUCUACUGUCCAACCUGAACCUGAGUCAGCUCCGGCAGCAGAGACGCAGGUGGAGCAAGCAGGAGGCAUCGUGGAGGAAGCUCCACCAGUCACUGCAGAGCCAGAGUCCGCUGAGGUGAACGGUGACCAGGGGGAGUCUGAGCUGAGCAUAAAGAAGGAGGAGAAAGAAGAGGAAGGAGAGAAAGAGGCAAAAGAAGAAGAGGAAGAAGAAGCGAGUGAAAAAGAAGCAGAGAGUAAAAAUGAGUGUGUCGACCAGCCUGUCACAGAGGUCGAACCUAAACCUAAACAAGCCAGUAAAUACGAUAAGCUCCCUAUCAAGAUUGUCCACAAAGAGGACCUGAUUGAAGACAUGACAGAGCACUUAGGUUACGUCACUGAGUUCACCAGCGGGUUGCUUCACUGGCAGGCAGGUGGAGGUGAUUCCACCGCACACAUUCAAACACAGUUUGAACCCAGGAGUGAACCACCUGCCAGGGCCGACGAGAAGACAAGAAAAGAAAACAAAGAGGAAACCAGGGUGGACAAUGGGAAGAAACGACCACUGAAACAUAUCACCGCUACUAUCGAUGAUGUUCUGUGUGCUCGGGUCGACGCCCUUUCUUAUGCCCACCCUGCACGCUCUUUGCCAUCCUACCCCUUCAGGGUGCAUUCGGAUGGGGAGCAGGACCACAUCACCUUGCUGGAGGAUGAGCCUCGCUGCCUGGACGAGGCUCCGCUGUCCACAACUUCCGCCUGGCAGGACUCACUGGCCAAGCGGUGCCUCUGCGUCUCCAACAUCGUCCGGAGCCUGUCCUUCAUCCCGGGGAACGACCUGGAUAUGUCACGCCACCCUGCUCUGGUUCUUCUUCUGGGCAGGCUGCUCCUGCUGCACCACCAGCACCCGGAGAGGAACAGGUCGCCCCCUAGCUACCAGAGAGAUGAGAAGCAGGAGCGGGGUCUGUCGAGUAGCAAAGAGGAGUGGUGGUGGGAGUGUCUGAGUCUGCUCAGGGAGAAUGCCAUGGUCACUCUUGCCAAUAUCUCGGGUCAGCUGGAUCUCUCCACCUAUCCAGACACUAUCUGCCUCCCCAUACUGGAUGGCCUUCUCCACUGGAUGGUGUGCCCUUCAGCUGAGGCCCAGGACCCCUUCCCAUCAGCAGCACCCCACUCCCAGCUCACUCCCCAGAGACUGGUGCUGGAGUGCCUCUGCAAGCUGAGCAUCCUGGGUGGCAACGUUGACCUCCUGCUAGCUACACCGCCUUUCAGCCGACAGGAGAAACUCUUCACCGUCCUGGCCCGCUACGUGGGUCAGAGGAAGGCCCAGGUGUACAGGGAGAUGGCAGUGGCUGUUCUCUCCCAUGUGGCGCAAGGAGACCCCACAGCGGCACGUGCCAUAGCCAUGCAGAAGGGCAGCGUGGGUAAUUUGGUUGGCUUCUUGGAGGAUGGUGUUAGCAUGGCGCAGUACCAGCAGAACCCUCACAGCUUGCUGCACAUGGGGCACCCCCCUAUGGACCCGCCUAGCAUAAACAUGAUGUGCAGAGCUGCUAAAGGCCUGUUGGCCAUGGCUAAAGUGGAGGAGAACAAAACAGAGUUUGUGCUGUACGAAAGCAGAUUAUUAGAUAUCUCCAUUUCCUCGGUGCUCAACGCGGGAGUGGUGGCUAUUAUUUGCCAAGUUCUCUUUCACUUAGGGAAAUCAUGACAAGACGAGAGGCAGGACUCGCAUGGUAGACGCUAAGGUGGACAAAAUAUUUCUGUGGUUUUCUAUUUUUAUUUAUCAAAAUGACAGAAAAUGUUUGUUUUUUUUUAAAAGAAGUAUCCACAUAAACAAAAUAUCUCUAUAUAUGUAUAGGUUCUGGGCCCGAUUAAAAAAGUGGGUUUGGGAUUUGAAAGCUCAUUUUAAUACAAAUAUUUAAUACCUGCUGGUGUUGGAUUGCUACGUUUGAUAUUUUGUUCGGCAUUUGUUUUCGUUUGUUUACUUUUUCAGCCAAAGCUGCCACCAGAUUUUGGUGCUGAAUUACGUGUUUCCUUUUGAGUCGAUGAGUCGUCGAGAUGUUUUUCAGUUUUAUAAAUGCUAAUAUACUCAUCAACAUUUUGUUAAUGGAGAGUAUUUAUUUAAAAUGUGACACUGUACAGUAGUUUGCAGUUUUUUGCCAACGCUCAUGAGGGGAGAAAAACACUGACUUUUUAAAUUGAAAUGUAUAUGUCUCCAUCGCUGGAAGAUAAAUUGUGCAAUAGGACUAGAGCAAGUUGUCCCUUUUUGAGAAUAAGAUGUACAUCUUUGAAGAUACCUGCAGUGUGUGCUUUAGGCCAUGAGGAGGCAGCAUUGCACCAGCCAAUCAACAUGAGAGAAGAGCAUCUGUCAAAAGAAGUGUCUAAUUUAUCAAUCAUAGCCUCAACGACUUUCACAGAUGAACUUUGUGUUUCCUAAGCACUUGUGUUAUGUCUGUAUUUUUUCAUCACUGUGUAUAUAAACCGUUGUCCAAUGGACGCACAUGAUCCUUUCAGUCUCAAUCAAGCAUAGCAAGAGAUGGGACUUUCUGACUAUUAUAACAAAUGCUUUUAUUGUUGGUAAAAUUUGUUAUUGUUAUUAUACAUAUUUUGUUAAAGGGGUCAAAUAUUUGAACAUGGCAGAUGUAACUGAUGUUUCAAUGUAAAAAUUCCUGUAUGCAUUGUAUUAUAGCUGAGAACACAAUCGCUUUGGUAAUCAAACGUGGAAGUGCCAGGGUGAGAGGAUAUCUAGGCGAGGUUACAUAAGAAAACUGAACACAUUUCUGUUCGUUACUGUCCUCCAUUCAUGUCAAUGGGCAUAUUUUUGAAUCUAGAUAAUGCUCUAAAAGAAAUGUGUGAAAAGAACCUUCAAAAUGUCCUGAAAGCUCAUUGUAAAAUUUGCCUUUUUUCGUAUGACUCCAUGUCUCUCUUUUAUUCAGUAUACACAUUUAUACUCUGUGCUGCACAUGUCACAAAUAAAUGUACGAUGAACAUCGUUAAGCACCGGAGACGUUGCAUUAUGUCCAGACAAUCUUAGGUCAAUAAAACAAACAUCAACUGCU